AGAGCCAAAAAAAACCAAACACCGAGGUUAUCAGCGCAAUUAAUAAUCAAAUUAAUAAUAAUUAAUCAAUUAUUAUCCCGGCAUGGCGAUGUGUUAGGGUUUCAUUCCCUUCCAUUUCUUCGAGCAUUCGUCGCCACGACAAGCCGUGCAUUUUCUUCCGAUAGCUUUAUUAUGUUUUCUACCAGCCUUGCUGAUAAAGCAUUGAAAAAAGAUUGAUUGGAGAAGUUAUGUGCUGAGGAUGUUUAGUUUAUGGGAAGCCAUGCUGUUGAUUUCGAUUAAUUGAUAUACGUCCUGCUUCCAUUAGCAGAUGCUUGCUGUCUAUUUGAAUUGACAUUGUUCAUUAGUUGGAGCAUGUAGCAUAAGCAAUUGUAGUUUGGGAAUUGCAUAUCUCCAAGUCAGAUGAUAGCCUGUGGCAAGCUUUAUAACGGCCAAACAAGCUAGCAAGAUUUUAGUAGUAAGGUCUGUUGAAAAUAGCUAAAACGGGGUCGCUGUGUUGUGUGGCCGCAAGGCCACAUGGGUCAAAUGCUGCCAGUAGGGAAUGGUCCAUGGGUCCGCAUGAGCCAUACUGGCGAACCAAUUCAAGCUUCUCGCCUCCCACAUCAAGAUGGGAUUUUCGAUUUCAAUCUGAUGACCGGCAUGAGAGUAGUCAACUGUAUGUGUCUUCAACUUCAUCAGACAGUAAAGAAAGUAGCAGAUGGACGAAAAACAACCAUCUUAAUGGUCACCAUUAUUCAUCUGAUGCUAUUGGGCUAUUUUUGAGUAGUCCAUCUGACCUUUCACAGGGUCCUCAAUGGACACCUCCGGUUAUCCAGGAAAUCACCAUUGAUGAGUAUGAAACUGCGACAAGGAAAGAUAUGGUUUUGCAGCAAUCACGCUCUACUCCUAAGGCAGAGGGAAACACUGGAAAUCCAGACAGUGCAGGCUCCACUUCUUUCCAUUCCGACAGUAGUGAAUCUGAGUCUGCUAUAAGAACGAGAUUACCAUCUUAUCAAAACUUCUCAAGUCACGGGUGCUGCUUCUUGACCAAACCUAUUCACCCUUUCUCCUUCUCCAACCAAAGUGACGCCACAUCUGUUUGGUUGUCAGAGUUUGAUACUACUCUACACAGAGAUUCCCAUCCCUGUAGCAGUGCUAGAAGCAGUGCAGAGUUUGCAGAUGUUUCUGAGGUAUUUGAAUGUGAAGUUCCUGGCCGAAUCUUUACGCCAUCAGAUGGUUUUAGAUGUGGACUAUGUGAAAGAUUUCUUUCACAGAGAUCUCCCUGGGGAUCUCGUCGGAUUGUGAGAAGCGGAGACAAGCCAGUUUCCGGGGUUCUAUCAUGCCAUCAUGUUUUUCAUGCAGAAUGUUUAGAGCUGAUAACACCCAAAACUCACAGAAAUGAUCCUCCUUGCCCGCUCUGUGUCAGAUUGGAGGAGAAUUCCCUUGGCGAGUGCUUAUUUUCCAGGUUGAGGAAUAGUUUCCCAAAGCUAAGGUCAUUUGGUGAAGCCGGUCCAUCAAAACCUUGGGGAUGCAUGCAAAUGGGAGACUGUGUGGAAGGAGCUUUGCAUGCUCCUCCUCUAAGCAAUGCCACGUUGUUACUCAACCGCAACCGUAUCAGGAAGAGCCGGUCGUGGAAGAGCGAUUCAAGCAAAGAAUUCCCUGGCAAGUUGAAGAAUAAUGAUCCAUACUCCCUGCAGCUGGUCUGUGGAAAGUUGGUUUAUGAGAGACCACUUAGUUGCUCACCGGCAGCUGGGGGGCCUCGCAUUAUGGGUUGACGUUAAUUUGUAGAUGAAAUUCUUUGACAAGUUCCAAUACCCGUAUCAGCUUUAUGUUUGCUGAUUGAUUUAAUGUUUCAAAAGGGUUCAGUAGAUUGGGUCCAAUAGCUAUAUGGUGAAUGUGUCUGCACGUUGGAUCUUACCUGCAAUUCAGUAUGCAAUCUAGGUGGCUGGGGUGUUGAACUGAUGGAAGGUUUGGACAGUUUAAUUCAACUUUUGUUUGCCAGUUCA